GCGAGUCUAUAUAACCGGCGAGACCCUCUCUCGCCUCUACAUUGCAUGCUCGGACAUUGCCCACUAUAGUACACCACACCACGCUUUAUCUCUUGUUUAGAAUCGACUAAUUUAUCAGUUAAGUGAUGGCGCCUAUCAAUGCGGCUGACGUUAAUGGGAGCAAGGCCUAUUCGCCAGCUAAGAAGACGCUUCCAGAAGUCGAAACUGAGAAUGGAAAAUCAUCCAAGGGGUACUCGUAUGAGACGCUUCUGGAAACUGCCAAUUUCCUGCUGUCGCGAACCUCGGUGCGCCCGCGCAUCGGCGUAAUUUGCGGCUCUGGGAUGGGUGCGUAUUGGAAAGACGGAUCUUUGGCUGAAAACAUAGUGGAUCCGGAAUGUAUACCAUACGAGGAGAUUCCAAACUUCCCAGUUAGUACAGUUGAAGGCCACCACGGCAGAUUAGUAUUUGGAAAAUUGGAAGGAGUGCCAGUGGUUGCUAUGCAAGGACGAUUCCAUUAUUAUGAAGGAUACCCACUAUGGAAGUGUUGCCUCCCAGUUCGAGUGAUGAAACUCAUCGGAGUACAAACAUUGAUCGCUACCAACGCCGCCGGCGGACUAAACCCGAACUACAAAAUCGGGGACCUCAUGAUCGUGAAGGACCACAUCAACCUGAUGGGCUUCGCUGGGAACAACCCCCUCCACGGGCCCAACGACGAGAGAUUUGGACCCCGUUUUCCACCGAUGAACAAGGCUUACAACUUCGAAUACAGAAAAAUCGCUAAGGAGGUGGCCAAGGAACUGAACAUCGACAACAUAGUGCAAGAAGGCGUGUACACCUGUCUCGGCGGGCCGAACUUCGAGACCGUGGCCGAACUCAACAUGCUGAAGAUGGUCGGAGUGGAUGCCGUGGGCAUGUCUACAGUGCACGAGGUUAUCAUAGCGCGGCACUGCGACAUGAAGGUUUUCGGUCUAUCUCUGAUCACGAAUGAAUGCGUCACGAGCUACGACCAUGACUCCGAGGCGAACCACGAGGAAGUGUUAGACGUGGGCCGCAUGAGACAAGACAUGCUCCGCAAAUACGUAUCCCGACUAGUGCAGAGGUUCGCCAGUUCAGACGACGCGUCCCCAUGAAGUUUGGACUGCCUUGAAUUGGAAAUUUCCGAAGCACUGAUAGCGGAAAAGACGCUUUGAUGAUAAGACAAUUUUGUAGUUAAGCGAGAAACUGUCAUCUUGACACAGAUUAGAGCGUCUUUUCUGUGUGGGGACCCCAUAGCUCUAAAAUAUUUUAAAUUUUUGUUUCAUUUAGAAAAAUAUGAUAAGUAACAUACUGUUAAUAGAUAUCGACUGUUGUGCGGUCAAUGUAUGUAUAAAACCCCUUAUGUAUGUCUGUGUUCAAUUUAAAAUUAGAUAAAAUACUUCAAGAAAACAAAU